GGUUUUUCCACACAAGUAGGCAGAACUGUCUGAGGGCAUCUGGAGCGCAGUUUUGUUUUCGAAUUGCAAACGAUUUUCUAUUGCCUAUUUACAUAGACGCGAAAAUGGUGUCAGGUAUAGUGAAAACGGGCAUUGUCGCCGCUGUGGGUGUCGUUGUCAUCGUACUGUCAUCAACUUUGGGCUGGAUUCUUGUUCCAGAUAUCGCCACUUCGGAAGCAAUUAUUACGGCAGAUAAUGAAGCCGUUUUCGCCGCUUGGUCGAGUCCUCCUGUUCCCGUCUACAUCGAAUUUUUCCUGUUUAACUGCACCAACUGCGAAGACCCUACCGAUCCAGAUGUCGUCCUACAUCUUGAUCAAUUGGGACCGUUUUCGUUUACUGAAGGUCGCAUAAAAUACGGAGUUAUCGAAGAAAAUGGCCUGUUGACUUACAGAGAAAACAUCACUUACUUUCACACACCUGGUGUUGGCGAGCUAGGGUUAGACGUGCAUGUCGUCACAGUUAACCCUGUCUAUUUUACAUUGGCUUCGCUAAUUUCUGAUCUGCCAUCGGCAAACCUCGCUGCUCAACUUUCUACCAUAAUGCAUAACAAAUUGGAUGAGGUAGAUGAACAACCAUUUAUGACGCGAACAGUGCGCGAAAUGCUUUUUGAAGGAUGGAGCUUGCAACCUUACAUAGACAUAUUGGAAUCGUUUCAAAACGAAACUGACAUUGAACUUCCACCGCUACCGGAAGAUCCGAGAUUCGGUUUUUUCUACGGGCGAAACGGAACCAAUUUGGGAGAGUUUACAAUUGAGUCGGGAGCGAACGGACUCGACCAAUUAGGGUUUAUCAGAUCAUGGAACGGAAAAGAAAGUGUGGAUUACUGGAACGACACCUACUGCAACAUGAUUAACGGUACUGACGGAGCCAUUUAUCCGCCUUUAGUGGAUACGAGCGAAAAAGUCUACAUUUUCACCCCAGAUCUUUGCCGGUCGGUGUACGCCACAUACGAGAGAGAUGUUACAACUGAGGGGAUUAUUGGCAAGCGAUUCACGGUGCCUGAGGUCGUGUUCAACACUUAUGAUCCGGAAAAUCUCUGUUACUGUCCCGAUUAUAAAAUAGAUCCCGACCUUUGCUUUAGUAUUGGCAUCUUAGAUAUGCGGCCUUGCCUUUUCGGAGCUCCGGUUUUGCUGUCAACUCCUCACUUUUUCAUGGCCGAUGAGAAAUACGUCAAAGCUUUCACUGGAUUAGCACCAAACAAGGAGUGGCACGAGACCCACUUUGAUUUAGAACCUUUAUUAGGUGUGCCCAUUUUCGCUUCGAAAAGGCUUCAACUCAACGUAGAUGUCCGAAAAUACAAAGUACCUCCUCGGUUAUUAAACAUCACGGAUACUGUUUUCCCUAUCCUUUGGAUUAAUGAGACUGCUAAACUGGACCAAGCGAGCGCCCAAGACGUCAACAAGGCAGUUAACGUGAUUGACGCACUAAAUAUAAGUCGGUGGUGCUUCCUGGGUGCUGGAAUCGCUUUAGUUAUAGCUGGCUUCGUUAUGCUCGUUAUUUAUUUUCCGCGAUAGGACGGUAAAUGUGGCAAUCUGGGAACGCAACACGAAGAACAGUACAUAAAUUUAAAGAACCAGAAAUCGUGUAGUUUGAUG